CGUGAGGAAGAGGAGAGAGAGGAAAAAAAAACCGUCACCUUCUCUCUUUUCUGUGACCUCUCUCCGUCGCCAUUUCUCCCUUCUUCUCUCCCUCUUUCGGCUAACCUAGGGUUUCUUCCACGUCUCCCAUAGAUAAAAAUCUCCAGGAUUUCAGAUCCCCACCUCCCGAUCACAUCAAGCUCCCUCCUUUCCCCCAAUUCCUCGAUCGUCUCCUCCCAAAUUACCCGAAUCUCGCUGCUCCGGUGCCGGAUUCAGGGCUUUUGAUCUCGGAUUAGAAGGGAGAAAGCGGAGAAAUUGGGGCCCGGUGACCAUGUCCGUGCCGGCGAUCGCCUUCUACGCGAGCCCCCCGAACGGCGUCUGCCCGACCCCCCACCACUCCUGCCAGAUCGCCUCCUCCCACGGCCUCUCCGACUUUGACCUCAACCCUCGCCCGCCGUCCUCCUCCGCGGGCCCCUCCUCCUCCUCCGGCCAGAAGCCGAUCGCCGGCGGCCUCUCCUGUCUUUUCUCCUCGCCGGCCGCCCGCCACUCGGCCUCCUCAAGCUUCACCGGCGCCGAUGAGCUCGGCUCGCUCUGGCACGACAGGUCGGAGGAUCUCGGCAGCUCCUUUUGCUACUCUUCUUACCCCUCGCCGUCCUUCAAGUGCCGGGACCAUAGCCCCGUGUCGGUGUUCCAGGGUCCGGUGUCGUGCAGCGGGAGCGGCUCUGCUAGAAGCCUGCCGUUGGUGAGAACGACGCUGGAGUGGAGCAGCGGUGACUGGAGGCUGGGGAAAGAUAGGAUUUUUAGCGGGUUCGUUAGGAACGCGUCGGGUUCUUGUCUUGAUUUCAAUUCCCCAAGUGUACCUUUGCCCGGAGGUGGUGGGUUCGAUGUGGAAGAGUUGGAUUUUAAUUUGGAAGAGCGUUUGCAUGAGGAGGCGCCUGUUUGCGAGCCAUAUGCUGUGGAAUUGCUCGCCGGCGCUCAAUCAAGACAUAAGAUUUUCUGCGAGGAAUUUGUGGUGAAGGCUUUCUAUGAAGCCGAGAAGGCUCACAGGGGGCAGAUGAGGGCGAGUGGAGAUCCUUACCUGCAACAUUGUGUGGAGACGGCAGUUUUGUUAGCGAAGAUUGGUGCUAAUGCCACGGUAGUUGCUGCGGGGCUUUUGCAUGAUACAUUCGAUGAUUCUUUUGUCGACUAUGAUUAUAUUUUCCACAUGUUCGGAGCUGGCGUAGCUGAUCUGGUGGAAGGGGUCUCAAAGUUGAGCCAGUUAAGCCAGCUUGCUCGUGAUAACAAUACUGCUAGUAAAACUGUUGAGGCUGACCGGUUACACACAAUGUUUCUUGCAAUGGCAGAUGCCAGAGCAGUUCUUAUAAAGCUAGCAGACAGACUGCAUAACAUGAUGACAUUGGAAGCAUUACCUAGGGUUAAACAACACAGAUUUGCAAAGGAGACGUUGGAGAUCUUUGUUCCUUUGGCCAAUAGAUUGGGAAUCUCAAGUUGGAAGGAGCAGCUUGAGAAUUUGUGCUUCAAACAUCUCCAUCCAGAGCAACACAAAGAGCUAUCCUCCAAACUUGUCAAGUCCUUCAAUGAGGCAAAUAUAUCAUCUGCCAUUACAAAACUUGAAAAGGCUCUUGAGGAUGAAGGUGUUUCUUAUCAUGCUUUAUCUGGGAGGCACAAGAGCUUGUACAGCAUAUACUCCAAGAUGCUGAAGAAGAAGCUAACCAUGGAUGAGAUACAUGACAUUCAUGGGUUACGGUUGAUAGUUGAGAAUGAAGAAGAUUGUUACAUAGCUCUGAAUAUUGUUCAUCGGUUGUGGCCUGAAGUUCUUGGAAGGUUCAAAGACUACAUAGCUCAUCCCAAAUUUAAUGGGUACCGAUGUUUACACACUGUUGUUCUGAGUGAAGACAUGCUCCCACUCGAAUUUCAGAUCCGAACUAAGGAGAUGCAUCUACAAGCCGAAUAUGGAAUUGCUGCUCAUUGGAGAUACAAGGAAGGUGAUUGUAAACACUCUUCAUUGGUGCUCCAAAUGGUGGAAUGGGCGAGAUGGGUAAUUACUUGGCAAUGUGAGACAUUGAACAUUGACCGGUCUCCAUCUCUUGGUGACUCCAGUCUCAUUAGACCACCAUGCCCAUUUCCUUUCCAUUCUGAUGAAUGCCCUUAUUCAUACACAAGCCGAUGCGACUAUGACGGGCCCAUUUUCAUCAUCAUCCUGGAAAAUGAGAAGAUGUCUGUGCAGGAGUUUCCGGCGAACUCAACCAUAUCGGAUUUGUUGGAGAGAGCAGGGGGAGGGAGCUCAAGAUGGCCACCUUACAGUUUUCCUCUCAAGGAAGACUUGAGGCCGAGACUGAAUCAUGAGCCAGUGAGCAACCCCAGUCAGAAGCUGAAGAUGGGGGAUGUGGUGGAGCUGACGCCAUCUAUACCUGACAAGUCGUUGACAGAGUAUAGGGAGGAAAUCCAGCGGAUGUAUGAGCUUGGAUUAUCUCGAGCCAGCAUGGUUUGAGAAGUUGGCCAACACCUUUGUGCAUCAUGCCUUAUGUUAUAAUUAGUCCAUUGAUUCAUUGUAUAUAUGAACUAAUUGUACAGAAAUCCAUUCCCAUUUGCGAACAUAACAACUUAGCACUUAAUGACGUUUCUUAAACUGUGUUUAUCA